AUGUGUGUGUCCUUAGAGAAGACAGAGGUGUUUCUGGAAGUGUUUGGGAACAGUGAGAUCCGCAGUCAAACCGAGGAAACACUCAGACAUGCUGCCUCUCAGCUCUCAGCCUCUGUCACACUGGACACACACACACACCCCUGUCUGGACACCAGCCUCCUUAAAUUUAAGGAGAGAGAUGAGCUGCUACGCAUCUUUGGACAGUGGCUCCGCCCUCCCCCCGCCCCCGUCUCUGUGUCUAAAGCCUGGGAGGGGCGGGUCCGACAGCACCUGGGCACACGCUACGACUCCAGACACGGCUGCUUCGACUGGGACCUUGCCAUGAAACUCUACCACAGAGGAUGUGGCGUCAUUAACAAACAGCAGUAUAUGAGAUGGCGAGAGACAGGCAAGGCUUUUGAGUUGAGGGAGGGACUAUACCAGACAGCCAAUCAGAGUUUGCUGUCCACUCGCGUGUUCUGUCAGAGAGGAGACAAGCUGGCAGUGAGAGGCUACUGGGGUGACAUUGUCUCCAGUCCCUACCUGGCUUUUGGCAUUGAGACAGACAACAAAGACCUCCUGAAGAAACAUAACAACCAACACGUUAAGACAGCGCAGGACAUCUCCGUGGCAAAUGUGCAAGCCCUGUUUGAAUCUCUCUCCACUAGAGGGCGUCAUCCUCCGCCCUUGCAGUCGGCCAGUGAGGGCACAGAUUCGGUGAAUGCCUCAACCAAUCAGCUGACCGAAUCACAGUCACAGCCCGAAUCCUUGAUUGGCAAUAUCACGGAGCAGCUAGACCUGAUGACUCUGAAUGGAGUGAAGAUUUCUUUCCUGUCUGUGGACUCCCUGCCCAAACUGCCACACAAGAGCACAUACUCACAGCUGUUCAACACCAUCUACUUCUCAGCCAGCAUGGUUCAUCUGUUAGAUUCCUCUCUGAAACAGACUGCAGCACCACACGCUGUCUUAGUCGUGGAGCUGGCCAAGUACUUGUUGGAUCUGUCUAAAGAGCAUGAGGCUGGCUUUGCCGAGAAAGUGAGAGACAUCGCUGGAGCAGCAGGAUUCAGUCCCACACACACACACACAUCUGAUACCUAUGCCACGUUCACACUGAGUGAACAUUCACGCCCAUGA